AUGGAUGUUACUCAGAAUAUUCCUGAACGGGCUACCCUGAGAAAUACAGACUAUGCAUUUGAGAUGGCCAUUUCAAACAUCCGAUAUGGAGAAGGAGUCACUAAAGAGAUUGGCAUGGACCUGCAGAAUCUGGGUGCUAAAAGAGUUUGUUUGAUGACAGAUAGAAACCUCUCCCAACUGCCUCCUGUAGAUGCAGUGUUGAAUUCCUUGACAAAAUCUGGUAUCAACUUUCAGAUGUAUGAUAACGUCUGGGUGGAGCCAACAGACCAGAGUUUCCUGGAUGCCAUUGAAUUUGCUAAAAAGGGGGAAUUCGAUGCCUAUGUUGCCGUUGGAGGUGGGUCUGUGAUAGACACCUGUAAGGCUGCCAACCUGUAUGCCUCCAGCCCUUCGUCAGACUUCUUGGAUUAUGUCAACGCUCCUAUAGGGAAGGGAAAGGCUGUCACUGUGCCCCUUAAGCCACUCAUUGCAGUGCCGACAACAGCUGGAACUGGAAGUGAAACCACUGGUGUUGCCAUUUUUGACUUCAAAGAGCUUAAAGUAAAAACUGGUAUUGCUUCAAGAGCCAUCAAGCCAACACUGGGUAUCAUUGAUCCUUUGCACACACUGUCUAUGCCUGAGCGAAUAGUGGCCAACAGUGGCUUUGAUGUGCUUUGCCAUGCCCUUGAAUCAUACACUGCACUUCCAUACAAGAUGCGCAGUCCCUGCCCCUCAAAUCCAAUCAACAGACCAGCUUACCAAGGCAGCAAUCCCAUCAGUGAUGUCUGGGCUCUUCAUGCUCUACGCAUUGUAGCUAAAUAUUUGAAAAGAGCCAUCAGAAAUCCUGAAGAUCGUGAAGCAAGAGCCAACAUGCACCUUGCAAGUGCUUUUGCUGGUAUUGGCUUUGGCAACGCUGGCGUUCAUCUCUGCCAUGGAAUGUCUUACCCUAUUUCUGGUUUGGUGAAAACUUAUAAACCAAAGGAUUAUAAUGUGGAUCACUCUUUAGUGCCACAUGGCCUUUCUGUGGUGCUGACAUCCCCAGCAGUGUUUGCUUUCACAGCACAGGUACAUCCUGAGCGGCACUUGGAAGCUGCAGAGAUAUUAGGAGCUGACAUCCGCACUGCCAGAAUCAAAGAUGCAGGGUUGAUUUUGGCAGACACGCUCCGGAAAUUCCUGUUUGAUCUGAAUGUUGAUGAUGGCUUAGCUGCAAUCGGUUAUUCUAAAGCAGACAUCCCUGCAUUAGUCAAAGGCACUCUGCCUCAGGAGAGAGUGACUAAACUGUCACCACGUCCCCAAACAGAAGAAGACUUAUCUGCCCUCUUUGAGGCCUCCAUGAAGCUUUAUUAGCUUAAAUACUAUGCUGAGAUGUGUGCUCUUUUCUAACACAAAGGUAAUUUCUUACAGAUAGGGAGAUUUAAUUUUUUCUAGAGAAUGGAAGAACUUAGGUGUCUUCCAUUUCUGUUCCAUUGUGCACUGCCAAAACAUCAAGGAAUUCAUCUUUAACUAAACCACACUUAGAAGUGAAGGCUCAGUUGUGUUUUUCCUUCCUCAGUAGGCUGUGGUAUUACUUGCAUAAAGGUUGAAUCAGACAUCUAGCUUUACUGAAACCUUUCUUGUUCUUCAGAGGUGGUUAAAGGUGAAAAUUGUUCUUAAAGGAUAUUCCAAAACAUUUAAUAAAAUACUGUUUUUAUUUCAA